CACUUCACUCCGAUGGCGAUGGCUCCGCCGCGUCUGCUGCGGGGCCUCAUCGCGCCGCUGCCGGCGUCCGACUGGCUGCCGUGCAACCAGCUGGUCGCCUCCGCCAGCUCCCUCCUGCACCGCUGGCUCCCGUCGCAAGCCCUCCCGCGCGGCUGCCCCGACGGGUUCAAGCUCCUCCUCGUCCUGCUGCUCGUCUCCGCCGCCCUCGCCGAGGUCCGCUUCGUCGCCUCCUCCUCCAUGGCUCCCACGCUCCGCCCCGGCGACCGCGCCGUCGCCGAAAAGGUCACUUACCUGUUCCGGAGUCCGGCUGUGGGGGACAUCGUCUUCUUCAGGGUGCCCAUGGCACUGCAGAAUUGCGGCCUAAAUAAAGAUGUUGUAUUUAUCAAGAGGGUGCUUGCAACCCCUGGGGAUUUCAUCGAGGCAUUAUAG